AUGUCACAGUCAGAUGAAGACCCCGCCCAUUCUGAUUACAGAUUAAAAUUUUAUAAUACUUUUUCUGCUAGAUCAAAUACAAGAGGGUGUGAAGAAAAAGUUCUUUAUACUUUUUUUUAUAUUUUACGCUGUUAA